CUUUCAUACUAUUUAAAUUAGUUUCUUCCAUCAAUCUUUGAGUACCAUGUCUUCUUCUAGUGUUGCCACUUCUUCAGUAAGAACUCAUGAGCAUCAAGUAGUUUCGAAUCACAUGUUCUCGUCAAAUGCACACAAAAGCAUUUGGACAUCAUUGUGGGAAAAUUUUGUGUCCGUCAUCCCUGAUCGGGUAAAUCAGACACCAAAUUUUGAUGGAUACAAGCCUUUAGUGGAAGCAAUAAAGGAAGAUGACUGGGAUGAGGCAAAUGAAUACCUCAAGAACCAUAAAAAGGACAUUAAAGAAAUUUUUGCAGCAAGGGAUUCAAAGAAAGAAAUUCACAUGAUUUUUAAUGCGGCUGCAAUACGAGAGGAGUGUAUGUUCGUGGAAGAGUUUAUUGAACUGGUGCCAUCAGACGCGCUUGAGUUUGUUGAUCCAGAGACCGCAAUAACAGUGCUGCACAUGGCUGCAAUGGUUGGAAACAAUACAAUUGUUAAGGCAUUGGUCAAGAAAAAUCCCAAUUUGCCACAAAUUCGUAGCAGCGAUAUUCCUCCGGUUGUGCCGCUUACUUAUGCUGCGAUGAAAGCUUCAGAUUUGCAAAAGGAGACAGUUGAGUUUCUUUACUCUGUAACUAGAGACGAGGACCCAAGUCCAUUCUCUGGUAUUCUUGGUUCUGUACUAUUAAGCGGUUUAAUACAAGCAAAUGCAUACGGUAUUGCAUUAUCUAUUCUCGGGAGGCAUCCAGAGUUGGUGGGUGAUAUGUAUAGCAGUAAGCCACUAGAAAUGAUUGUGGAAAGACCCUUUGCGUUUUUGACUGGAGCUGAGCUAACAUGGUGGGAACGCUUCAUCUAUUCGUUAAUUCCAGUGCAUGCGGAUGGCCCUUAUGACUAUGCCAUAAGAGGGGAUAGGGAAAAUAAUUUGGCAACUUCAAAAGGCACAACAAAAGAUGAAGAGAACCCUCCAGAAACUUCAACAGUCUCCUCAAAACUUGAAGGCUCUUCGAGUAAUACUGAUGAAAGAACCAUCACCAAGUAUUUCAUGCCAUAUUUUUUGCGAGUACCACGAAUCGCACAACUAUAUAACCAAAAGUUGAUGCACAAACAAGCGGUUGCUUUGGUUAAAUAUGUAUUAGCAGUCUAUGGGCAAAAAAAGGAUGAUACAGAAAUCAUAACCGGCCUUUUCAUCAAUCCCAGUAUCUUGGAAACGGCUAUAAAAUACGGAACUACAGAAUUUGUAUUGGAGUGUCUUCAUGUAUUUCCUAUGUUAUGCGGGGGUGACCAUGGAGAAAAACUGAUAAGAAUGGUUAUUACGGAGCGAAAUGAAAAGGUAUUUAGUUACAUAUGCCAAAUCAAGAAAAGACAUUACCCAUUAGACAGACUUCCGACGCUUGAUGAAAGAGAUAACAGUAUCCUACAUCACACUGCAAAGCUAGCUCCUAAUCGUCGACUCAAUUCCGUUUCAGGCGCAGCGCUUCAGAUGCAAAGAGAAAUGCAAUGGUUCAAGGGGGUGGCAGAUACUAUGAUACAGAAAGCUCGGUAUAUACGGAACAAGGAUGGGGAUACAGCUCAGUUUCUAUUAACAGAUCAACACAAAGACUUAAUGGAGAAAGGUGAAAAGUGGAUGAAAGAUACGUCAGGGUCGUGCAUGGUUGUCGCAACUCUGAUAGCUACUGUAGCAUUUGCAGCUGCAUUUACUGUGCCCGGUGGUAACAUAAGUGACACUAGUAAAACCAAUAACGGUGUCCCAAUUUUCUUGGAGAAGACAUCAUUUAUUGUCUUUGUGGUAGCAGAUUCUUUGGCUCUCUUAUCUUCCAUCACAUCUGUACUUAUGUUUCUAGCAAUCCUGACUUCGCGUUAUUCAGAAGAGGAUUUUCUGAAAUCCUUACCACUAAAACUCAUAAUAGGUCUUGCAACUCUCUUUAUAUCAAUGGCCACCAUACUUAUUUCUUUUGGAGCAGCGGUUUCUAUUGUUCUUAGUGAUCGAUAUUCUCGGGAUGCAAUUCCAAUAACGUUGUGCGGUUGUAUUCCUGUACUGUUAUUUGCUUUUCUGCAGCUUCCACUGUUUGUCGAAAUGAUACGUUCUACUUAUUGGCCUAUCACCUUUGGAGAAAAGAGCCGGAAUACUAUUAAGAAGAAACCUAAGAAACGGAAACUGAAUUAGAUAUGUGAAGCAAGAAAAUGGGUGGCUGGAUGUUUUGGUUUACUUAAUGGCCUAACACCGUAUCUGAGAGGUCAUUAUCCGGCGGUAUGCACAUGUGCAACAGUGGAAACAGUUGUGUUAAUUGACGUUCAAAUAUAUGUAUCUACCCGAUUGUAUAUCCUAAUGGGCAUAAAAAAAAUGUAUACCCUAAUGGGUUAUUUGGCUUUUGGUACUUAGGUUUUGACCAGAAACUGACUUUAGUCUAACAUUUGUCUAAGCUUUCUUUUUGGUCUAAACUAAAGACCAAUGUUGACCUGUGUUGACCAUGU